AUGGAUUUCGCAGAUGUUAAGUGUACUUGUGGCCAGUCUUUCAAAGAGCAGGCUCCGUGGUCAAACGCUAAUUGCUUUGUCGUAGUGACUGGAGCAAGUCGGGGUUUCGGCAGGGCGUUUUGUAUUCAACUUCUCAAGGAGGUGGCCGAACCUCACUCCAGUCACUGUCCACCUGCAAAUUCCCUCACCUUUUUUCUUUUUGGACGCGAUAUGGAAGCCCUCUGUGAAACUGAAAGCGAGAUAAUCGCUUCAAUACCUGAGGACGGUUCGACCAGUGUCACUGUCUACUUCGCAGGAGGAGAAAACCUUGACAUGGAGUCCAUUGAUCCCGCAACCCUCACCAAAGCCUUGCAGCCCAUUUACGAUGCAAUGGCGAAGUGUGUAGGCAGCGGUCGGCCUCAAUGGAAUCUCCUAGUCAAUAAUGUGGGCACUCUGGGCAAUAUCAAAGACCGUGCCGAUCAGCACCUCUCUACAUCUGAUCUCGAAUCUUAUUUUCGCGUAAAUCUUUUCUCUCAAAUCAUUCUCACCAACGUCUUUCUCAACCAAGUCGCUCCUAUGAAAACUGAUGAAGAUCCACUCUUUCAUCCUCCUACUACAGUUCUUACAAUCUCUAGCCUUGCUGCAAUCAAACCCUACUCACACAUGCUCACCUAUUGCUGCGGAAAAGCUGCCAGAGAUAUGCAUCUUAGGUGUUUAGCUGUUGAUAGACCCUCAAUCUCCUGUUUUGUUUACUCUCCUGGGCCACUUUUAACGGCAAUGUAUGACCAGUUAGAGAAAGAACAGGGAGAUAUGAAAAGUCGGGCUUUGUUUAAAGAGCGUCGUGAGCAGGGUCUUGUAAUUCAACCCAUGGAAUCGGCUCGGAUGUGUGUCCGGUGGCUAAGGCGUCAAAGAUUUUUCCCUCAAACUGGAGAGAUCAAAUUCCCGGCCCGAGUAUGUCUAAUCCAUCAGUCCAAAUACAAAGACCUUUGGAAGGGGCAACAUCUAGACUACUUUGAAGCGAGAGACUUAGAAGAGGCUGAAUUUAAUAGGAUUGGAGUGUAG